GUAACGCCAAGGCCUAUGGUUACUUAUUGUACUCACUGAUUCUACAUAAGUUUUGUCAGUAACUCACUUUCUUCUCUCGCCCAUGCGUGGCCUACAUUUCCCAGAUCUGCUUAGUCACUGCAUCAGGUGACAGUCCUCUGGGCAUGUGAAAGCUUACUUUAACCCCAUUAAACACUGUAGUAAUUACCUUGAAGCAUAGAACAAAGUUAUGAAGACAAUUGUGUUUCUUUUUGUGCUUUUUUUUCUACUGAUUGCGAGCAUUUCAAUAGAAUAAAACACGAGAACUGGAGUUGUCCUUUACUCACGCAUUUAUAUGCUUCAUAGUCAUUCAUAGCCCACUCUUAAAAUAUAUUUUCAAUGCUGAGAGUGUUGUUUUAUUUUGGAUGUACCAGCUGGGAAUAAGAUUUUCAUUUAUUUUAAAGGACGCAUGAACUUUACCUCUUUUUUAUUUGUUUGUUCUCAAAAGUAUAUAACUUUGUUGAUUCUCUUGUAGUCUUCCGUAUGUUCUCUUUGAUAAUAAGAACAGUUCUUAAUAAACAUUUUUAACGAACAAUCAAAAGAUGUUUUGACAAUAACCAUUAACCGAAAAAGACGAAAUGUUGACGCUGUAGCUGUGACAACAAAAACUUUCUAUGGAUAAAACCGAUUGCGUAAUAAAAUAUGGGGAAAGAGGACCUGUCCAGUUCUGAUCACUAUCAGAGUCAGGAAGAAUUUUUAGACAGGGCAGAUGUCCAACUAACACCGGACCAGAUCGGCGCAGCUGGAGUUCCUGGUGAACACACAGAUACAAGUCAAAAGAAUGACACCAUCGAGGCGAAAGAUGAAGAAGGAAACGAGGAGAACCAACCGGAAACAGGAAAAAGUAGUGUGCUACAGAAGGCUCCAGACGGUGGCUAUGGAUGGGUGAUAGUUGCAGCCAGUUUCUUCCAUCAUAUGAUAGUAGGUGGAAUAGGUCGCAGCGAAGGCUUGUUCUUCUUACAGUAUCAGGAAAGGUUUGGCUCUAGCGCUCAAAUGACUGCCUGGCCUAUGUCCCUCAUGUCAACCCUCAAUUUCUGCAUGGGGCCGAUCACAGGAGCUCUGGUGAGUCGUUACAGUGUGAGGACCACUCUGAUAAUGGCAACAUUACUGACGUCCACUGGUUUACUUCUGAACGGCUUAGCCCCCAACGUCUACUUCUUAUAUUUCUCUACAACUCUUCUAGGAGGUUUUGGUCGAGGCCUAAUGUCCACUGUACUUCUGAUCAAUCUUUAUUUCGACAAACAUCGAAGUCUCGCUCAUGGCUUGUCAUCUUCGGGAGUUGGCUUUGGCGCUUUCGCCAUCGUCCCGCUAGUUCAGUUUCUCUUUGAGAUGUAUGGCUUUAUGGGAGCAUUUUUGGUCAUCGGGGCUUUGGAGCUGAACGGACUGGUCACGUCAAUGCUGUUCAGACCACUCAGAAUGCAUCUCAAGUUCCUCAACGCUGAGAAGCUGUACAAGAAAAGACUUACUAAUGCCGAGGAAGGUGUUGCAUUGUCUAGAGUUCAGGACGACAGUGAUGACAUGGUCGUCACAGAAUCCAGCCAGCUGGGAAAAUGUGGCAAUGGUGGAAACUUCUCCGGCCCAUCUGAUGCAUUCAUCAAGGACGACGAUGUAGAGUCUUUACAGUUGCAAGAUGAACAUGAAGUAAGCACAUCGAUGCGAGAUAGGUCGCGCCACAGGAAAAACUGCUGCCAAUCUUCUCUGGCCGUCUGCUUCCCUGUGGAGCACAAGAGAAAGGGAACAGAGAAAGGUGCUGAGACCUUCCACUGGCACCUGCUGAGGAACAUCCCGUUCCUGGUUUUCUGCUUUAGCAACACAUUCUUUCUGAUUGCCUUCAAGACGGCCUUCACCUUUCUGCCUUCCAUGGCCAUCUCAAAAGGUUUGACAAAAACAGAGGCGGCUUUGGUGCUGACUAUAUCCGGUGCGUUGGAUACAUUUGGAAGAAUAGCUAUUGGCUUUGUGAUGGACAUCCCCGCAUGCCGGCCACUUCGCCCAUACGUCUUCAACAUGCUGCUCUUCUUCAUUGCCGUAGCGUCCUGCGUAAUUCCCUCGCUGGACAGCUUCGCCAUGUACUGCGUGGUCAGUGGCGCCUACGGAUUCAUGACCGGGGCUUUCAUCUCUCAAAAAAUGGUGGUGCUUGUGGACAUUCUGGGCAGAGAGGUCAUGCCUAGUUCUCUGGGCAUUAGUAAAUUCUUUCAAGGGAUGGGGACUCUCGUGGGUCCCCCUUUUGCAGGUGCACUCCGGGAUGCAUUGGGUUCCUUCGACAGCUCCUUCUACCUCGGAGGAGCGUGUAUGUUUGGCUCCGGCCUACUCCUGUUGCUAAGCAACGUCUUACUCAAGCUGCAGAAGUCUAAACAGAAAACAGCAAGCUGACAAAGUGAUCCGUAAGGUGCUAAAAAUCCCCGGUGGCUUGUAGCAGACGUAGUACGAAUGGUACGGCUAAAGUUUGCUUUAAUAUUUGUUACAAAGUCUUUGUUGAUUAUACUAGCGUAUUUGUGAAUUAUAUUUCAUUCUACUUGAAUGUCACUCUUUAAUUAAGUGAACACUGUUGCCAUACAUUUGUGUCUUAUUGGUGCAUAUCUUGAACACAUUAUUUCUCCCAUUUCCAAUUUUCUCGGAUGAAGUUGAAACUGAACAAUUAUUCAUUGUCGAUGAUAAAACAUGAUUCAAUAAAAAAGAUUAACCAAUUAAUUAAAUAAUUAAUGUUAAUUAAUUAAUUUUGUUCUAUAUAUAGAAUAAUUAAUGUUAAUUAAUUAAUUUUGUUCUAUGUGUAGAAAAUGGGAGAUAAGUCGUGCAACACUGAGAUAUAUUUAUAUGCUAGUGAUUGUGCGGUUCUUUCCCUUGUAUAAGUUUUUAAGUAUUUUUUAAAAAAAUAUUUUGCUUGUAUCAAAUCACACUUGUCUUAUCAAAUACCUACGUAAAUUGAUGCAGAUUACAGUCAAAAUAAAGACAUUUGAAACUUAGUUUAAGGUGUUUGUGGUAAAAGCCUCUAAAGCGAAAUAUUGUGUUAAUUUUUUUGUAUUUAUUUACAAAUAACAAACAACAAAAAUGCUUACCAAAACCUCAAUUUGUAUAUAAUCAUUUUUUAUCAUAUUAAUAUUGUAUUUAUUUCAUAAUUAUAUUUUGUAUUCUACAUGGAAUAAAAUUUUUAUAUUCAUUCGA